GAGAGCGCAGGGGAAAUGGAGAGUUCCACCCAGGAAUCACCUCUCAACUCUAACGCCUUCACCUUCGACUCCCCCCACCCCGUCUACGCCAUGGCCUUCUCCCCCUCCUCCGCCGCCGCCGCCGCCUCCCCCCGCCUCGCCCUAGGAUCCUUCAUCGAGGAGUACGGCAACCGCGUCGAUGUCGUCUCCUUCGACGAGGACGCACUCUCCUUCCGCGCCGAACCCGCGGUCUCCUUCGACCACCCCUACCCGUCCACCAAACUCAUGUUCCACCCGCAUCCCAACAGCCCGCUCCUCGCCUCCGCCUCCGAUUGCCUCCGCCUCUGGCUCCUGGGCCCCGACGGCGCCAAGAUCCGCUCGGUCCUUGACAACAGCAAGUCCAGUGGCUACUGCGCCCCGCUCACCUCCUUCGACUGGAACGACACAGAGCCCCGCCGCAUCGGUACCUCCUCCAUCGACACCACCUGCACCAUCUGGGACGUAGAGCGCGGUGCCGUCGAGACCCAGCUCAUCGCCCACGAUAAGGAGGUCUACGACAUCGCCUGGGGAGAGCCCGCCGUGUUUGCGUCCGUGUCCGCGGACGGCUCCGUCCGCAUCUUCGACCUCCGCGACAAGGAACACUCCACCAUCAUCUACGAGAGCCCCCGCCCCGAUACCCCCCUGCUCCGCCUCGCCUGGAACAAGGCCAACCUCCGUUACAUGGCCACCACCAUGAUGGACAGCAACCGCGUCGUCGUGCUCGACAUCCGCGCCCCUGCCACCCCCGUGGCUGAGCUGCAGCGGCACUGCGCUAGCGUCAAUGCCAUUGCGUGGUCGCCGAAGGCCGCGCGGCAUAUUUGCUCGGCCGGGGAUGACGGCCAGGCGCUUAUCUGGGAAUUGCCUGCAGCCGCAGCUGCAGGCACGGUAUCGCCGGAAGGGAUUGAUCCUAUGUUGGUCUACACGGCGGGCGCGGAGAUCAACCAACUGCAGUGGUCUGCAGCACACCCCGAUUGGAUCGGGAUUGCGUUCGCCAACAAGGUGCAGCUGCUGAGGGUCUGAUCCCUUACUAGGUGCUUAGGUUUGGGGUGCACUGCUCACAAAAUUCUGCCUCAUCCAUGAAGGUGCUUUCUGUCAUUGGUGAUGAGUAGUUGUGUCUGGGAUUCAGGAUCAAAACUACUGAGAUGCAGCUGGGACAGCAUCGUCACAAAGUGGGAAAUCAUGUCCUCUAGAACUGGCAGUCACAUAUGAUCCUAACUCUUUUAUCCGAAAAAAACCACAGCAUUUCACAGCUUGUGCAAAGCUGGAUGAGGGAUUUUUCUGUGAUCUUCACUGGAUUGAUGUUUGUCAUUCUAUAAAUGACUUGUGCUUCAUUUGAUAUCAUGGAUACGAUGGAUGGAGUCGACGAAAGGUAUGUUUACUGCUCCACGACAUGGUUGAUCAAGAUUUGAGUCACGAAAAUAAUUUCUUUGCUCUUA